AUGGGUCUUUCAACACUCAACUAUAAUAAUGGAACUUUGUUUAUAUGUUAUAGUUACAUGUCGUUGCCUGGUAUAGCUUAUCUCAACAGACAUUUGUCAUGGAAGUAUCUUUAUGUGUGGACCUCGGUUCCAGCUAUUUGUUAUUCUCUCAUUGCUUAUGUCUUUGUCACCGAGUCUCCAAUGUGGCUUCUCAUGCAAGGUCGAGUGGAAGAAGCAAUGACAAUGCUUAAAGUAGUAUCAGAAAAUGGUGAUAAUUUAUGUUCAAGUGAUCUACCACUAGAAGUGGAAGCUGCUAAACAAACGUCUUCAUUGUCUGAACUGUAUUCAUCAAUAGCAACGUUGUUCAAAACAAGUUGGGCUCUUAAACGAAUGGUGGGAGUUAUGGUGGUUGGUUUUGGCAUUGGAAUAGUGUAUUAUGGCACGCCACUAGCAGUGGGAAACUUGGACUGUAACAUAUACCUGGCCGUUGUGUAUAACGCCUUGAUGGAAAUACUCUCUUGCGUAGUGACCUAUUUCUUGGGAAAUUUCAAGAGAAAGUUAUCCAUUUUUGCGCUCUCACUAGGAAGUGGGGUGUGUUGCAUAAUGUGUGUUGUUGUGGCACCUGUUAAGGUGUGGUUAGCGGUGGCAUCGUUUUUCUGUGUUUGCAUGGCUCGCAACGUGUUUUUUAUAUACAUCGUAGAGCUGUUUCUGACCCGUGUGAGGAACACUGCAAUGUCGCUAGCGAGACAGGCUAUGGUGUUUGGUUGCAUAUUCAGCCCAUUUCUGAUAUCUGCGGGGAGGAAGAACCACGUUUUCUCUUAUGACGUGUUUGGAGACGUUAUAAUUUGUUCCACUUUUGUGUUGUUCUGUUUGCCUGAGACAAUAGGAAUGGCUCUUUCUGAUACCAUGGAUCAACAGAAAAACAAGGAAACGUCCAUCUGUGACAAUGAGGGCAAUUUAUGA